AUGCCUCCUCUACGUAAAGCGGAUCGAAGGAGAUUCGAACAACCACCCAUGACCGAGAUGUCGACCGUGUCGAUGCAGUCCACGCUCCGACAAAGUCAAGAGUCAUUCAUUGAGAAGCCCACAACAGUUCAUCCGGUAUAUGGGAGCUACAGAGAAAGCGUGUCCCUUGAUGAACAGCCCAGGCUGGCGCGGAGACCGGGUCUAUCAGACCUCCACAACAGAACCCUCUCGGACCUCAUGACUGAGAGCAUCGCGGACAGUUCUUUGGAACCCCCCAAUGGAGGAUUUCCGCCGUUUGCGCCUGGUGCAGGCUCUGGCGCAGUCUCGACCUAUUCCGAGUCGCAGACGCGAAGCUCUUCUCCUUAUCCGGUACCGUCUCCUUUCCGAAGUCAAGAAACAUUAAAACCCCUUGUCCCCGACGCCCCCUCAACAUUCUUCAAGAGAGAUUGGAUUAGAGAAGGGUCAAUCGCCCAGCUACAUUCGAGAGACGACAAAGAGUUCCUCUCGGGCAAAAAGAGAUUGCUUUUCCGCUGGGUAGCGCCGCUCCUCUGUUUGAUUUCCCUGUCGUUGUAUUGGUUCUACUUUGGCCUGCGAAUUGCCUUCAUCAUCGAUGCCCAACAUCACUACAAGGCGCCUUUCCCUUUAGCUUGGGUCUUCGUGGCUAUCGAAAUCUCCAUUGCAGUGCCGAUUUUUAUGCAGACCUUGUGGUCCCUGUUUAUCCUCAAGAAACGACACAGACCAAAGUUGAGGCUCGUUGGGAAUGAGGUGCCUACCGUCGACGUCUUUAUCACAUGCUGUGGCGAGGAUGACGAUCUGAUUCUCGAUACGGUUCGCGCAGCUUGUGACUUGGAUUACCCUCAAGACCGAUACCGUGUCAUUCUGCUCGACGAUGGCAAGUCAGACCCGCUCAAGAACGUGCUGGAAGAGAUGCGGGAGACGUUUCCGAACGUCUUCUACAUGCGUCGCCCGAAGUUCCCUGGUGUUCCUCACCAUUUCAAGGCUGGCAAUCUGAAUUACGGACUGGACGCGGUUCAAAGCCUGCCAGGCGGAUCAUCGGAAUUCAUGGCCGCCUUGGAUGCUGACAUGAUACCUGAACAACAAUGGCUGAGAGCCGUACUUCCCCAUCUGUUGAUCGAUGAAAAGAUGGGUCUUGCUUGUCCACCGCAACUGUUUUACAAUGUCCCCAGAGACGACCCUCUCUGCCAAAGUCUUGAUUUCUUCGUUCACGUCUCAGAACCGGUCAAAGAUGCUUUGGGAGUGGCAUGGUGCACAGGGUCUGGAUAUGUUGCUCGAACUGUUGCCCUAGCCCAGAUUGGCAAUUUCCCCUGCGGAUCGCUGGCCGAAGAUGUUGCAACAAGUACGCUACUACUUGGCUCAGGCUGGAAGACAGCCUUUGUUCACGAGGCGCUACAGUUUGGCACCGUGCCAGAAGACUAUGGCGGCCAUCUCAAGCAACGUACGCGGUGGGCCAUUGGUACCGUCGAUACUGCCUUCAAGCUUAAAUUCUGCCUCUGGGGUGACAAGGUCAGGCAAAUGACGUUUGCCCAGCGAUCGUCCAGCUUCAUCUAUGCCUUCCUCAGCUUGUUCAACAUCUUCCUCACACUCUCCAUCUUUGCCAUGCCGAUUGUCCUGAUCGCCAACAAGCCGCUCGUUGCAUACGCAAACGAUACGCAACUACGGUGGCUGAUCCGUGCUUGUUUUGCCAACAUGGUGUUCAAUCGGCUGUGCGAGUUUGUCCUCUUCAUCCCCGCGGGAUAUGCCACUGGACAAAGAGGUAGCCGGUAUCAGCUGUGGAUGGCCCCGUACAUCUCCCUCACCAUCAUCCGAUCAUUCAUUCUUCCGACUUGGUUGGGCGGGCAAAGACAAGCCUUCAAAGCGACGGGUUCGAUCAAGUCCGCGCUGAAUGAGCGAGAUCCGAAACUGCGAGCACCCAUGUGGCGACGUAUCUGGACAAUCUGUGUCAAUUAUCUCGCGGGCUUCCAUGUGGCAUACGUUUAUUUUGUCCUCGUUGCCGUCACCCUGUCAUCCUAUCGGACGUUCUUGACCCAACAUACUCUGAGGGGCAAGCUCAUCGGGCUCCUGACACACGCAUUCUGGCCCCCACUAGCUUGGUUGAUCGUAUGCUCAUCCUUUUGGAUUCCCUUCACCUAUGCUUGCGACCCUCCCAAUUGCCCGGAUCGAGAAGAACUCUUGGUGCGGGAUCCCAAAACCAAUGUUGCACACCCAACAGCGGAGGCGAAGAAGGUCGCGUUUGCUCCGCAAACAGUCCUCUUUGAACUGGAAUAUACCUUCACCACCGCUUUCACUGCGCUAGUGUUUGUGGCGGCAUUCUUUUACUGA